UGGCGCAUGCGUGGUGCCGGAAAGCGGCCCGGGCCAUGGUGGCCGUUUAAAGGUAACUGAUUCAACAGAACGGGAGCCCUGGAAUUUUGCACCGAAUUUCUCUCCUUCCCAACUCCGCCGUGUUGUCAGAAUAUGACAAAUUUUCGGCUUUAGAAAAGAAGGAAAAGGAGAAACGCCUGAAAAUUUUCGCGCCUCCCCUGGACGUUUCAGGUCGUGCAACUCCCACCCAACCCCCUCAAAAUAAGUAUUUGAGGAGGCGAGGUUUUUUUACUCCCUUGCGAAAGCAGCUUACCUAUAUUUAGCCCCCACCCCGCCCUCGCUAAGACUGAGAGGAGUUCUUUGCCCUGUUCCUUAACGCUUUGUCCACCCUAUUCAUUUUACUAAUAAAGAAUAAGUGGAAGGAACCUCCCUCCCCCCCCCUUAAUUUCCACAGCGCCCUUUCUGAAUACGGGACCACCUUAUAACCAGAAAGGCUCGGGGAAAAGCUGGUAAGCGAGUGAGAUAUACUAUACAAGGAACCCGUUGGCUUCCCAUUUCCAGUGUACAAGACACAACGUCGUGUGUUGUGUACGGCUGCUCCUGUAGUCUGUGGCACGCCGGUAACCUGUCCCACGUUCUCGUGGGAGGUUGCUUCCCAGUGAGGAGAAUCCGCUAGAAAGGGUGGAUUUGGGAGCUGGGUUGGUUAGCCCACACGCUUCCUCUCUGUUAUCAGUUUUGCUCGACGAGGAAAGACGUAAUCCCCUCUCCCGAUCUGUACCCUCCCCAAUACCCACUGGGCACCGCUGUGUCCGUUAGAAGGAAAGAAACCCAAAGCCACCCCCUUUCUCGUUCCUCCUUCCUGCGGGGGGGAGGAAAGCGUGAAGAAGCCAACGCACCCCUCCCCUCCAUCCCUUGCAGAAGAAACUCAGUCUGAUCUAAGCGGAUCAGCUGCGUUUGUUAGCAAGCGGCCCCUCCGUUCCGGAGAGCCAGCAGGGCCCCUGCUUCGCUUUUCCUUACAUCAGCAGGGCUGGCACUCCCGUAGUCUGGAAAAAGAAGAGUAAUAAGGAAAGCAAAGAGAUGGUUCUUGCACUAGCGGCAGGGAGUUGUGAAGGUUGGUGACUCGGGAGAAACGGCCGGGGGAAGGUGGUGUAGGAAGAAAGGGAGGCGAUGGGUCUUGGUGGGGCGGGUGGCGACGACGGCGGCGCCCCAGGAGGGGUCCAGGUGGGGAAUUUGGACCGGCAGAGGAGUGGAGAAGGGGGAGGCGGAGGAGUUGUAGCGGCAGAAUCUGGAGACUGAAGGUGCUGCAUCGCCAUGAGAUCGACCGUCUACAAAGCAACCGCGACAACGACAACGACGGGGCCGGGCUUGCUGGAGCCUGGCCCGAAGGAAGAGGAGGAGCCGCCGCCGCAUCUCCGCCAGCCUCCGCCUCCCCCGCAGAACCAAAUCCCCGUGCCGGCCCCCGUGGCGGCAGCGGGCCCCAAGGGCCGGGCAAUCGUUCCGGCGGCUGCGGCUCCCGGACAACAGCAACAGGAAGGCGGCGGCGGCGGCGGCUGUUGGGGCGGCCUAGUGCCCUCGCCGUGCCCGGCAGGCAGUACUCGGCAAGCGGGCGUGGGCGAUGCCGCCGGCAGCUCCCGCCCCUCCAAGUACCAGGCGGUGCUGCCCGGACACACCGCUGCUGCUGCUGCUGCUGCAGCCACCGUCGCCAAAGACGGCAAGCGCGGCGGCUCCCACGCCGGGCCUGGAGGACCUCCAGCGUCUCUUUCGCCACCGCCUCCGCCGCUACUGUCGUCGGCUUCCGCUACGGCCGAACCCGGGCAGCCUCCCCCACCCCCAGCAGUGGCAUCCGGGGGUUCUCCGGUUUCAUCGGAACCAAGCGGCAAGUGGAAAAGUGCUAGUAGUAGCAGCAGCACCGGGAGCGGCGGCGGGAACAGCCUUCGGAAGAGCCCCAUGGGGGCCGGCGGGGGCAACUCUAGCCAGGCGGCCUGCCUCAAGCAGAUCCUGCUGCUCCAGUUGGACCUUAUCGAGCAGCAGCAGCAACAGUUGCAGGCCAAGGAAAAAGAGAUCGAAGAACUCAAAGCCGAGAGGGACACACUUCUUGCUCGAAUUGAGCGUAUGGAAAGGAGGAUGCAGUUGGUGAAGAAGGACAAUGAGCGUGACAAACAUAAGAUAUUUCAAGAGUAUGAAACGGAAGAAAAAGUUGACCCUGAUAUACCAGAGAAGCUGCCUAUAGAAUGCCCGCCACCAGAACUCCUGGAGACUUCCCAGCCGCUGCCUUUGAAACAUUUCCCAUGUGGAAGAAAUGGGAAGGGUCACAAACGAAAAUCUGCGUUUGGAAGUGCUGAGAGGAAAACUCCAGUGAAGAAGCUAGUAGCUGAAUUCUCAAGAGUCAAAUGUAAAACUCCAAAGGCUUCUCCACUAAAGGAGGAACCCAGUAGUUCUUUAACUGAGUCAAUAAGCAGACGUGAACUGCGAAGUCAGGAGACUCCAGAGAAAACACGAUUAUUGGUGGACACACAGUUGAAGUCUUCGACUCCAUUGAAAGGACCUGGGUGCCAUUCAAAGGACAAAGGUUCCUGCAGUGAAAUAGAAGAUUUGCCGUACCUUUCCACCACUGAAAUGUAUUUGUGCCGAUGGCAUCAACCACCACCUUCUCCAUUGCGAGAACCUUCUCCCAAGAAAGAGGAGACCGUAGCAAUUCCAUCAUGGAGGGACCACACAGUAGAGCCCCUGAGAGAUACAAAUCCUUCUGAACUUCAGGAGAACUUAGAUGACAAUGUCUUUUCUAAACGACAUGCAAAGUUGGAAUUGGAUGAGAAAAGGAGGAAAAGGUGGGAUAUUCAGCGUAUCCGGGAGCAAAGAAUUUUGCAGCGACUGCAACUUAGAAUGUAUAAAAAGAAAGGAAUUCAGGAAUCUGAGCCUGAAGUUACCUCAUUUUUCCCAGAGUCAGACGAUGUUGAAAGUUUGCUGAUCACCCCAUAUUUGCCUGUUGUAGCGUUUGGCCGACCAUUACCAAAAUUAACCCCACAGAAUUUUGAACUACCGUGGCUGGAUGAACGAAGUCGUUGCCGGCUAGAGAUGCAAAAGAAACAGACUCCUCAUCGGACAUGCAGGAAAUAAACGCAUCAAACUAGGAGAAAUCUGUCUUCAUGGUUGGCUAUGUCAUUUGCUGCAAAUGGCAGAGAACAGGACAUGUUUUGUUAUGUCUUUUUCUUGUACCAUCCUCCAUGAUGUAUAUUCUUGUUCAUUAUAAAUAUUUUUAUGCUACAUUUCCCUCCCCCCCGGGGUUUAUUUUAACUUUUUUAAUUAUUUUUACCUUUGCUUGGUAGAAAAUAUUGGAGGUUUGUGUUGAGAGAAUAAGGUUAACAAUUUAUGGUAUGCCACCUCUGUUGAGCUGUAUUGGAUAACUGCAACCACUUUGUGGGAAGAGGUUAUCUAUCAUUGAGCAACACAAGACACUUCAUUUGACCUAUUGCUUCUAACUGCUAUUCUAUAAAGCAUCCACAUAUUGAUUCAUGUAUUUUAUCCUGCCCCAGUGUCUUUUUGAGGCUUUUUAAUGAGUUCCUUUCAUGGCUUCUGAUUCAAAACAAAAUUACUAAUCAGGUCUUGAAUUUGUAAUACUGAAUGCAGGCAGUUCUGGUAGUGAAGAGCUGCAUAUCUUCACAUCUUUGUCACAAUUCUAAUGUAUAAUUUGGCAAAAUCCAGAAAUAACCAUGCAAUGCUAGUUUGUCUCUAGAUGUUUUUCUGUUUUGUUUAAUAAAAUAUCUUGUCAAAACUGUGAAACGAUUGCUACUGUUUUUUUUUUUUUAAUGGACAGUUUGAUUUCCCAAUGGAAAUACUGAGAAGUAGUUUAAACUUCAAUUUGUGAUUGUUUUAAAGUUUGGCACUUUUUUAAGCUAAUCAUAAUCCUGUAACUUUUACAGUAAGUGAAAUCAAUACUUUCAUCUUCCCUGAGUGUAGGGAAUUCGUUUGUAAAAUCGCAUGUCCUUCUGCCUGAUCUACAUCAUUUUUGGAAGCUGCCUUUGUUUGUGUAUUGCCUGCUUAUGGGAAUACUGAAACUAACUUUUUAAAAAAAUGGCUAAAAUUUCUAGAUAAAUGGGGGCGGUUUCAGUUUCUUGAAUUGUAAAAAGCCCUACAUAUAAUUUUCUGCAUUACUUAUGGAGGACACUAAAAACAUUGUUUCAUUGUCUAUUUUAAUUUCAAGGUGUUUCAGGACAGUUGCAGUCACAUUUCUGGGCAGUUUCCCCUGGGAAUUUAAAGUACUAUUUUUUCCACCAAAGGUAGAACACUUAGUAUGAACAUUGUUAAAAGUUAUAUUCUAUGACCUGAAAUUAAAAUGACAAUAAUAGAUCCUCUUUUCUGCCAUGUAGUCUAUUGUAGUAGAAGUAGUGCAAAAUGAUUUUGCUUUAAAUGAGGCUGUAUUGCAUCUUUUGCUUUUUAGCAUGCCAGCAUGCAUCCAUAAGUGGUUAUUUUUUGUCCCCUGCCAAGUACAAGUGUGGAUGUUUCAAAGAAGCAGAUUUUUGGUAGAAGCUUCUUGAAGACAAUGUUGAUUUUAGAACUUGAUCUUGCUUUUUCUAAAGUAAUUAGAAAUUAUCACAUGAUCAAUUCUUCAAUCAAUAUUCCAUUUUCAGAAGACAAUGUUUUUGUUUAACCCACAAUAAGACAGUUAUCAGAAAUAAUUCAAUUUGUACUCUGAAUAAAACUUCAUAUUAUCUCUUCCCUUCCUUCAAUGAAUAGAAUGUUGACUUAGAAAGACUUACCAUCAAUUAUAACACAUGCAUCAUAAAAAGAUGACUAUGCAUGUGGAAGUAGGUAGGGUUUGUAGAAACAGUUUGCAGUGGAUGUUAGCUGGGAAUGGGCUGG